CUUUCUUCUCUCCCACCCCUCUUCUUCUGCUCUGCUAAUUUGAUCUUCUGAUUGGUCAAAAUGGGAACCAAAUGCAAAAUAUUUGUGGUUCCUCUAUUCCUGUCGUUCUUUUUGUUCCCUUUGGUCUUCUCUGCUUCUUCGGAUGGAUUGAUUAGGAUCGGACUGAAGAAAAGAGCAUUGGAUCAAAAUAACCGGAUUGCUUCCCGACUUGAGUCUGAAGAAGCGGAGUCUUUAAGGGCUUCUAGCCGGAAUUAUCGCCUCCGCGGUAACCUUGGAGACUCCGAGGCCACAGACUUAGUUGCAUUAAAGAACUACAUGGAUUCUCAGUACUUUGGCGAGAUUGCGAUUGGGACUCCCCCUCAAAAAUUCACUGUGAUAUUUGACACUGGUAGUUCAAAUUUGUGGGUGCCAUCUACCAAGUGCUACUUUUCUGUUGCUUGCUUUCUCCAUUCCAAGUACAAAUCAAGUCAGUCAAGUACCUACAAGAAGAAUGGGAAACCAGCUGCGAUUCAAUAUGGGACUGGAGCUAUUUCUGGUUUCUUCAGCCUAGACAGUGUCAAGGUCGGUGAACUAUUGGUCAAAGAUCAGGAGUUUAUUGAGGCGAGUAGUGAGCCGGGUAUCACAUUUCUGGUAGCCAAGUUUGAUGGCAUACUUGGACUUGGAUUUAAAGAGAUCUCUGUUGGGGGUUCUGUCCCUGUAUGGUACAACAUGGUUGAUCAAGGGCUUGUUAAGGAAGCUGUUUUCUCAUUUUGGAUGAACCGAAACACACAAGAGCAAGAAGGUGGUGAAAUCGUGUUUGGAGGGAUUGAUCCCAAGCAUCACAAAAGUGAACACACAUAUGUACCUGUGACUCAGAAAGGUUAUUGGCAGUUUGACAUGGGUGAUGUCCUUAUUGAUGGAAAAUCUACAGGAUUCUGCUCUGGUGGUUGUGCGGCAAUUGCUGACUCUGGAACAUCGAUGUUGGCUGGUCCAACGGCCAUUAUUACUAAAAUCAAUCUAGCAAUUGGAGCCAAAGGGAUCGUUAGCCAGGAAUGCACGACUAUUGUUUCUCAAUAUGGACAGACGAUAUUGGACUUAUUGUUAUCAGAGGUGGAUCCGGAUAAAAUAUGCUCCCAAAUUAGUUUGUGUACUUUUGAUGGAACUCGAGGUAUCAGUGGUGGCAUUGAGAGUGUAGUUGAUGAGAAGAAUGGUGGCAAGUUAUCUGGUGUUUUACAGGAUGGCAUGUGCACUGCCUGUGAAAUGGCUGUUGUAUGGAUGAAGACUCAGCUUCGUCAGAAUGCAACACAGCAAUUCAUAUUGAAUUAUGUCAAAGAGCUUUGUGAACGGUUGCCUAGUCCAAUGCAAGAAUCAGUUGUUGAUUGUGGUAAACUUUCUUCGAUGCCUCCUGUUUCUUUUACCAUCGGUGGCAAAGCAUUCAAACUGACUCCAGAGCAGUACAUCCUCAAAGUUGGUGAGGGAGAUGCAGCUCAGUGCAUUAGUGGAUUUACAGCUUUGGAUGUGCCACCGCCCCGUGGUCCUCUCUGGAUACUGGGAGAUGUCUUCAUGGGCCGCUACCAUACAGUCUUCGAUUACGGCAAUGAAAGAAUUGGCUUUGCAGAAGCGGCAUAGAAACAAUGCUGGCUUUUCAAUUGCGUCAAAUUCUUCUGAACACCUUACACAAUUUAUGGUUUUUCUGUAGUGGCGCUGUACGUGUGGAAAGUUUAGCCUAAAAAAUGAUACACGAAUGUAAAUAUCUGGGUGUGAUCUUUCUCGUAGUCUAUAUAUAAUAGACAUGGUGCAUGCUUUCCUGU